AGGUUGUAACUUCCCAUCGGCUAAGAAACCUCUUUCCCUUUCGCGCGGGCUGCAAAAACAUCCUCGACAAUCGGCUUCUCGUACUCCUCGCUAUCCAGGAGAUUCGGCCUCGCUCAAAAACGGUGUUCUUUGUGCACGCCUGAAGUUGACCGAGCGAUGGCAGAUAAAGAGCUCGCACGCGAAACGGCCCGCGAGAGAGUCUGUCCAGUCAAUCAGUCAAUGCCUGGGUCCGGGUAACCCAUCCGUCCCCUCAUGCAUCGUGCACCUAUUUGACAUCUUCGUUUACAUGCCACGGGCGGCCUACGGUUCCUGCCGUUCCUGAUCUUGCCUCCUGGCUUAGCUCAC